AUGGAAGCGAGCACGCCUCCUGUACAUGGCGUAAUCCCGUUGUGUGUGCAGACCCAGUCGGUCCCGUCCUGCGAGGAGUGGAACACAUUGCUGGCAGUCCCUAGCCAGCCCUUGUUGUUUACGCAGGGAGACGGCGCAAAAUACAUUGCACCCCGCGUUGCACCUUCACCGACCGAAACAGGGCGUUGUCCGAGGCCGGGGAGGCAGCCGCCCUUGCGUAACUCCCCGAAGGCCCGCGACUCCCUGGAGACCGGUCCGGCAUGCUGGCGCUCUUUCCAGUCCGAGAAUUUUGCGGCGGUGCCAGUUAGAAGUCCUGGAGCGAGUCGAAUAACUGGCCGGGAAAGUUUGCAGUCGACAGUUCCUCGCUGGCUCGGCGCCAGGAAAGGCUCCGUCGGACUUGCAGAGACCCAGGCCGGGAGAGGCCGAAACGUCCUUCCAGAUGCUCCGGCACCGGCACCGACACCGGACGAAAAAUCAGGAAAACAAUGGAGGAGGAACGUUGCCCCGAUGUCAAUGGGGGGAAAACGACGGCGUUUGCCUCCGGUUUUGGAGCGAAACGGCUUACUGGCGAGUUGCCAGCGGCCGCAUCUGGGAGCUACGCACAUCCUGGGGUCUGAAGGAUUAAACUGAUACUGACCCACCCGGUGGAACACAGCGGUCAGAGUCUGCCAUUC